GAGGGCGAGCAGGUGGCCCGGCAGAGCCGAGCAUUGGGGAUGUGGAGGAAAGAAAGGUAUUGGGGCUCGGAGGCGCCUUUAGAAACCCAGAGCAUGGCCAGGGGCCGCGCUUGGCCGAGGCGAGCGUCUGGCUCUCGGCCUCGCCUGUUGCUAACCUGCCAUUUUGUUGGGUGGUGCAAAGGUGUAGCCGAUUACUGUGUGACCUGGAGGCUGCCACGCUGUGGAAAGUCGGGGGGGAGGGGGAGGCAACAGGAAGAGGAAGAGGGCUGCGGACUUCAGUAUGCUUUUUGCCCACUCACCCUUGCCAUCAUUAGUGCCCUUUGGAUUGGAAAGAGGAGCUGGGCAGGAGGCAGGGCAAGGAGAAAGCUGUUCGGGGGUCUUGUCUGGAUUUUGGUUGCCUCCUCCAAUGUUCCUCUACCUCUGCUACAAGGAUGGGUCAUGUUUGUGUCCGUGACGGCGUUUUUCUUUUCGCUUCUCUUUCUGGGCAUGUUCCUCUCUGGCAUGGUGACUCAAAUUGAAGCUAACUGGAACUUCCUGGAUUUUGCCUACCAUUUUACAGUAUUUGUCUUCUAUUUUGGAGCCUUUUUAUUGGAAGCAGCAGCCACAUCUCUGCAUGAUUUGCACUGCAAUACAACCAUGACCCUGCAGCCGCUCCUGAGUGAUAACCAGUAUAACAUAAACGUAGCAGCCACAAUUUUUGCCUUUAUGACGACAGCUUGUUAUGGUUGCAGUUUGGGUCUGGCUUUACGAAGAUGGCGACCGUAACACUCCUUAGAAACUGGCAGUCGUGUGUUAGUUUCAUUUGUCUACUUUAUAUGUCUGAUCAAUUUGGAUACCAUUUUGUAUCAAUUUGGAUACCAUUUUGUCCAGAUGCAAAAACAUUCCAAAAGUAAUUUGUUUAGUAGAGAGAGAGACUAUCAAAGCUCAAAUUUUGGUUUAUUUCAUGGAUGGAAUGUUAAUUUUAUUAUGAUAUUAAAGAAAUGGCCUUUUAUUUUACAUCUCUCCCCUCCUUCCCUUCCUGAAAGUUUCCUUUUAUGUCCAUAAAAUACAAAUAUAUUAUUCAUAAAAAAUUAGUAUCCCUUUUGUUUGGUUGCUGAGUCACCUGAACCUUAAUUUUAAUUGGUAACUACAACUCCCUAAAAAAACACAUUUCAAAUAGGCUUCGCACUGAACUGUAUAAUUUAGUGUAAACCAGGAAUUGGCACACUUUUUAAAAAAUGGGCCAGAAGGUAAAUAUUUAUGCUUCAUGGGCCAUACAGUCUCUGUCACAACUAUAGCAUGAAAGCAGCUGUACACAAUACAGAAAUGAAUGAGUGUGGUUAUGUUCUAAUAAAACUUUAUAAAAACAAGGGGAGGCUGGGUUUAACCUGUGGGCCAUAGUUUGUCAACCACUGGUGUAAAACCUUAGUUUUAUAUGUUCUGCGUUUUCUUGAACUGAUCAUGAAAACCUAUAAACCUAAUAGACAAGCCACAUAAUAUUUAGCUUCAUUAUGCAAUAAUCACAUUGCCUUUGUGUUAAUAGUCACAUACUUACCUUUGGAGGAAUGUAUGGUUUCUCAGACUAUCUCAGGCAGAGUCCUGGAUGUAGGCAAAAGUAAUUUAUGAAGUAAACUUUAGUCGCUUAGUCAAACUAAUGAUAGUCUAACAACUGAGCAAGAUCCUCAUCUGAGAGUGCUUAAAAUGGGAUCCCCAGAGACCAUUAACCACUACUGGAACUGGUAUCUAGCUACUUAUGUCUUACUUUGAGUUUAUGCUUCAGUAUAGAGUUGUUUGCCCUGUGCAUGAACAUACCCAUAUUUGUGUGUGGAUAUGUGAAGCUUUUCCAAAUAGAGCUCUCAGAAGAAUUAAGUUUUUACUUCUAAUUAUUUUACAUUACUUUGAGUUAAAUUUGAAUAAAGUUGUAGAUUCUUGUUUUUGCAUUAGCCCAGACAUCUAUAUUGUUUUUGCACUGGUGACAGACAAAAUCAGUUUUAAAAUCAUAGCCAGCACAAAAACUAUUUCUGGCUAAAUAGCACAGAAAAGUAUUUUAACCUACCUGUAGAGAUCCUGGUCAUGGAAAGGUGCCAAAAUGUUUUGAAUGGAAGAACAAGUUAGAGUGAGGCCACAGUUUCUACCACACUAGGGCUUUUGUAUUGCUCUACUCUUUCAGCCCUUUACUUUCUGGCUGAAGCAUCCCCUUGGAGUGCCAUGUAUAAGUUGGGCUAUUAGAGUUCAUGGAACGUAGAACAACCGUGAAUGAGUGGCAUGAUCAGUGCUUAAUGAUCAAGUAUUACCUAUCUAAUAAUCCUCUAGAAAGAACCCUGUUAGAUCUUGGUUUGUGAUAAAAAUAUCAAGACAGAAGACAUGAGGAAAUCAGGCAUAUGACUUUGUACUUACAUCAGAUAUUUUCUGUAAUAUCCUACUUCCUUGGUUUUCCCAGCUCCAUACCACACACCUAAACCUGUGUUAUGAAUUACAUAUUACAAAGUCAUAAAUGUGCCAUAUGGAUAUAUAGUCUAUUCUAGUUGGAAUCGUUUAGUCUGCUAGAAUUUAGUUGUGAGACUUUUUUGUUUCCCAGUAUAGCAGUCUUCUGUUUGGUGGCAUUAAAUUGAUUUCUUUAAAAUGCUUUGGUGGCAUUUUUGUAAAUGGAUUGCUUCUAGAUUGUUACAAACCAAGCCUAAGACACAUCUGUGAAUACUUAGAUUUGUAGAUUAAUUGCAUUCUAGAUUUGUGAGUUGAAUGACAAAGGAGUUGAACAAAAAUUAUGGCGUUUAAGAAUUUAACAUAUCUUAGCUGUAAAAAUGAGAAAGUGUUGGUUGGUUUUAAAAUCUGGUAACUCCUUGAUGAAAAGAAAUUUAUUUUAUACGUGUUAUGUCUCUAAUAAAGUAUUCAUUUGAUAA